ACAACCCUCAUCCCAUCUCAAUUUAUAAACCCAAUUUCCCAAAAACCUUCCCAAUCACUACAACCCAAAAAUCCUCACUGUUGAAACUUUGAAAUUUUCCCAUUGCAAAAAGCCUAUCAAUGGCGGCACAGCUUACUUGUACCACCACCAUUAACGACCUUCCCGAUGUCAUCCUCUCCAACAUCAUCGCCGCCGUCUCCGACGUACGCAGCCGCAACUCCACCUCACUCGUCUGCCGGAAAUGGCUCGUCCUCGAACACUCCACGCGCUCUUCUCUCACGCUCCGUGGCAACGUCCGUGACCUCCUCUACAGGUUUCCCACUUGCUUCAGAUCCGUUACCCACCUUGACCUCUCCCUUAUCUCACCUUGGGGUCAUCCACUCCUCUCCCCUACCUCCAUCGCAGACCCUUCCUUAAUCGCCCAACUUCUCCACCACGCGUUUCCGUCCAUAACUUCUCUCGUUCUGUACACGCGUAACCCGUUUACCCUCGGGAUCUUGCCUUCUCUAUGGCCAAACCUCAAGCAAAUCAAGCUUGUUCGAUGGCAUCCACGUCCUCAAUUAUCAGCUGGGGAGGAACUCAAUAUGCUAUUUAUUGAGAAUUGCCCACAGCUUAAUUCCCUAGAUUUAUCUACUUUUUACUGCUGGACGGAUGAUAUUCCUAUUGCACUUGAAUCUCAUCCUACAGUUGCAGCUAAUCUCACGAGUUUAAAUAUCUUGAAUUCGUGUUUUCCUGAAGGGUUUAAGUCUGAUGAGAUCAGCGCGAUAACACGAGCUUGCCCCAAUUUGAAGGAGUUUCGUGUUGCUUGUUUGUUUGAUCCUAGGUACAUUGGGUUUGUUGGUGAUGAAGGUUUGGUUUCCAUAGCUAACAAUUGUCCCAAAUUAUCAGUGCUUCAUUUGGCGGAUACCUCAGCUCUGUCGAACUCACAGGGUGAUCGAAAUGAUGAGGGGUUCACUCAAGCGGACGUGAAAUUUAGUGUUUCAACUUUGAUUGAGGUAUUUUCUGGUCUUCCACUACUUGAAGAGCUUGUUUUAGAUGUUUGUAAUAAUGUUAGAGACACCGGUCCUGCUUUGGAAAUUUUGAAUAAAAAAUGCCCCAAAUUGAAAUCGUUGAAGUUGGGGCGAUUCCAUGGUAUUUCUAUGCCAAUUGAAUCAAAGAUGGACGGGGUGGCUCUUUGUCAAGGGCUUCAAUCUUUGUCGAUAAGGAAUGUGGGGGACUUGAAUGAUAUGGGUUUGAUAGCUAUCGGUAGAGGAUGUUCGAGGUUAGCUAAGUUUGAGAUUGAAGGUUGUAAGAAGAUUACUAUGAGGGGCAUGAGGACACUAGCUUCUUUGCUUAAGAAUACAUUGGUUGAUGUCAAGAUAUCUUGCUGCAAGAAUCUUGGAGCCUCUUAUUCGUUGAAAGCAUUGGAACCAAUACAAGAACGGAUCCAAAGGCUUCACAUUGAUUGUGUGUGGGAUAGUGUUGAAGAAUUUGAGGAUCUUGAUGGUUAUGGAUACGGGUUUGAUCUUAAUGUGAACGAUGGAGGUGAGACAUCAAGCAACUCUGUUGGUUCUGAGGACACAUUUGAAUGCGAGGAAGAUGUAUUCAUGUUUAAACAACAAAAAAGAUGCAAGUAUGAGGAAGUCAAUGGCCAUGCUAAUGGAUAUAUUGGACGAUCAUGGGAGCGGCUACAAUCCCUCUCUCUUUGGAUUGAUGUAGGUGAGCUUCUGACUCCUUUAACAGCUGCAGGUCUUGAAGACUCCCCUAACUUAGAGGAGAUCAAAAUUAGGGUGGAAGGAGAUUGCAGGCUAUGGUCAAAACCUUCGGGGCGAGAAUUUGGACUGAGCACCCUUCUAAACUAUCCUAUGUUAUCCAAGAUGCAUUUGGACUGUGGAGAUACCAUAGGUUAUGCGCACACUGCGCCAUCAGGACAGAUGGAUUUGAGCUCGUGGGAAAGGUUUUAUCUAUUUGGGAUUGGAAAUUUGAGCCUUACCGAACUUGAUUACUGGCCACCACAAGAUAGGGGCGUUAACCAAAGGUGUCUAUCCCUACCAGCAGCUGGGCUGCUACAAGAAUGCGUCACUCUCAGAAAACUCUUCAUCCAUGGAACAGCACAUGAACAUUUCAUGAUGUUCUUUCUUAGGAUUCCCAACUUAAGAGAUGUACAACUGAGAGAAGAUUACUAUCCUGCACCGGAGAACGACAUGAGUACAGAGAUGAGGGCAGACUCCUUGAGCCGCUUUGAAGAUGCCCUAAACAGGCGCCCAAUAUCUGAUUGAUACGAGAAGCAAAAUGUCAACACAAAUUAUCCAUGUCCAGUGCCUCAAAGAGUUUUAUUUCGUCAGAUUAUGUAUUAAAUAUCCAGAUCUCUUUAUAUGCAUUGUGGUUUUGUGCAUUGA